UUGACCUUAAAAAUGGCGGCAGGGAUCUGCGCGGUCCGCCGAAUAAAUAUAGGAACCGAGCUUAUUUUGUUGUAGAACUUUUAAUGAGGAAAGAGACGAAUCAUAAUGGCUUAUGGUGCUACCGUGGAUUAGCAGCGAACGCCUUUUACAAGAUAAAAUGGGAGUCCUGAAUGUUUGGGUUGUGGUGGUUCUGCUGGGAACGUUGGGAUGCUGGACAGCUGAAGGUCACGGGAGCAGCCGACGAGGCGACACGGAUGCAGCCGCCAAGUCCCACACCUCCCACCAGGAGUCGCACUCCAUGGAGAAGGAGAAAGCAGACGGGAGCAUCCAUCAAUCUCAUUCUGAUGCAGAGGAAGACCCGUGUCACAGGACCAACUGCGGAAGAGGCCGGCAGUGUGUGCUGAUGGCGGAAAGCGGGCGCGCCGAGUGCGUGUGCCAGGAAAAAUGCCGGCCCUCCUUUGUGCCCGUGUGCGGCUCGGACGGCAGGUUUUACGAGAACCACUGCGAGGUUUACCGCACGGCCUGCCUGGAGAGGAGGCGGAUCUACGUGGUGCACAGCAAAGACUGCUUCUUCAGAGGCAGCGCAUGCACCAUGUCAGAGUACAACAAGCUGAAGAGCACGCUCCUGGACAUGCAACCGAAAGCGGCGGGGAGCGGCGAGCGGAGCCAGCAGCGCGACAUGGAGGAGAAGAGGGCGCUGGUGGACGCCAUGUUUAAACACCUGGACGGGAACGAAGACGGCCGGCUGAUCAGCGACGAACUGGAGAAGAUCUCGCUGAAGCAGCAGAUGGAGCGCAGCCUGCUGCAGUGCACCGUGCAGGACCUGCUGCGGUACGACGACUACAACAACGACGGACAUCUGAGCCUCCAUGAGUUUUACACAGCUUUCCAGGUUGUGCAGCUGAGCCUGGCGGAGGACCAGCGGAUCAGCUCCUCCACCGUAACGGUGGGCCUCAGCGCCGUCCUGACCUGCGCCAUCCAGGGGACGCUGCGCCCGCCCAUCAUCUGGAAGAGGAACGGCAUCGUCCUGAACUUCCUGGACCUGGAGGACAUCAACGACUUUGGGGACGACGGCUCGCUGUACAUCACCAAGGUGACAACAAUACACAUGGGGAACUACAGCUGCCAUGCCUAUGGCUACGAAGACCUCUAUCAGACUCAUGUGCUGCAGGUGAAUGUCCCUCCGGUGAUCCUGGUUUACCCGGAGACGCAGGCGCAGGAGCCCGGCGUGUCGGCCAGCCUGCACUGCCACGCCGACGGCAUCCCCGACCCAAAGCUGCUCUGGCUGAAGAACGGCAUGGAUCUGCAGCUCAGCGCCUCCAAUCAGCUCUCGCUCAUAGCCAACGGCAGCGAACUGUUCAUCGCCAGCGUCCGUUACGAAGACACCGGCGCUUUCACAUGCAUCGCCAAGAACGAGGCGGGAGUGGACGAAGACAUCUCCUCUCUGUUUGUGGAAGAUUCAGCCAAGAAAACACUUGCAAACAUCCUUUGGAGAGAAGAAGGGUUGAGUGUGGGAAACAUGUUUUACGUGUUUUCUGAUGAAGGCAUCACUGUCCUGCAGCCCAGCGAAUGUGAAAUACGGAGACACCUGAAGCGGACAGAGAGGAUCGUCGCCACCUACGAGGAGAUGUGUCCUAAAGGUCAGGGCGUGACCCCGCAGCGCUGCGUUUGGUCGUCAGCCGUCAACGUCAGGGAGAAGUACAUCUACGUGACGCAGCCGCUGCAGAGCCGGCUGCUGGUCGUCGACAUCCAGGCCCAGAAAGUGGUUCAGGCGGUGACAACAGACCCGUUUCCUGUGAAGAUGCUCUACGAUAAAUCACAUGACCAGGUGUGGAUUCUUACCUGGGGCGACAUGGACAAAACUCACCCAACACUGCAGGUAAUUCCUCAAGCCAGUGUGGGUGAAGUUCAUCACGCCAUCCGAACCACUUUUCAAAGGGUGACGAACUUCUUCAUCCCUCCAACUAACCUCAUCAUAACUCACGUGAGGUUUGCAUUCGUCUUCCUGAAAAAUGAGCCGGCGGUCCACAAGAUAGACCUGGAGACCUUCCAACGCGUCAAGACCAUCAGUCUGAAGAACUACAGCUGCAUCCCGGCCAGCAUGGCCUACACACACCUAAGCGGCUUCUACUUCAUCCAGUGCCAGAGCAAGAGCCUUCUGGGCGCUCCGGCCCAGCUCCUCGUCGACAGCGUGACGGACGCUGUCAUCGGCCCCAAUCAGAACAUCACAGGCCAGGCUUACGUGUCGCCAGACGGUCGCUACGUCGUGACGCCGGACCUGAGGCGCUCCAAGCUGACAGUUCAGAUGGUGUCCUUCCAGGGAGAGCUAACGCUAAACCAGGAACUAGACGAGCCCAUAAGUGUCUCCGAUAUGGUUUUCCAGCCUUCUUUUACGGAAUCGAACCAACACAUGUUGGUGGCGGCGUCCAGGUCGGGCUCAGACCUGCUGUUUGCCGAUCUGUCAUCAGGACGCACAGAGGUUCUCCGGAGCCUGAAGGAGCCCCUGGCCGCCCAGGCCUGGCCGUGGGGGGGCCCCAACAGAGUGAUCGUCUCCAGCGGCUUGUUUGGACAGUACCUGGUGACGCCGUCGGUUGAGUCGCUCUUCGUCCUGGACGGCAAACAGAGAACGCCGCACUGCGAGGUUUCAGACAUCAAAAGAGCCAACACAGUGGUCUGGGUCGGCGAGGUAUGAGUAAAAAAGAAAAGCCAGAAAAACGGAGACUUAGAAUUAGAAGUAAACAAGAAAAGGAGAAAUCAGGCCAAAUUACCUAUCAUUAAGAUUUAUGUGAACCCAACUUGGGACUGAGAGGGGAAACACGCCUGAGAGAUGAAUCAAAAGUACACCUAAAAAUAGAGAAAAUACUAAGAAAAUCUGUCGUGAUAUUCCUAUUGGGAGAAAGUGUCAAUGCCGUUCAGUGCAACAGUGAUCUAUGUGCACUUUACUAUACAGAAUUGUACAUUAUUGCACUUCCUUCCAUGUUAUCACAGCAAAUAGGUACCUGAAGAGGCGAAAGUAACAACUAUGAACUAUGCACAAUGCUCACUUUUUUUUAAGAAUAAAAAGCUUUCCCAGUUUUGUUAAUCUCAUGUUUGUCGUUCUCACCAGUGCUGCAUAUAGUCACCAAACAGUCUGUCUUGUCUGCCUCUAGUGUGUAGUGUAGUCCUUUUAAAAGCGAACAUCUGUUCACUCAUGGUAUUGUACUGUACUCUCUGAAAGCUUUCAUUCAUACUGGCAGAGGUUGGCUUCAUGCACUUAUCUAAUUCCCUCUAUUUCUGUUGCCAAUCCAAAGAGUCCAAUUGGUCCAUUAAGUAACCAUGGAUGCUUCAGUCACAGAGGAAACAGAAAGUAUGUAGCGAUCUCCACAAUGGUUUAAUCUCCCCCAUCUCACUGUUCCCCAUGUUGACUGCAGCACAGCGCCGUGCGGCGAAGCCUAAAAACGCCACUUAGCCGAUCCACCGGGGCAACGGCUCCGGUUUACGCUGAGGCCAAGGAAAAGCAGCAUCAUUCAUCCACUCUGAUGGGCUGUGAGCAUUUGUGCAUCCAUUCAGAAAGACAGCUACAGGCGUCAAGUUAUGGCUUAACCCUUUGAGCCCCAAGUUUAAAAUCUCCGCCUGGAUAUUUUUGCUUUUUUUGACUGUACAAAGUGCUUUAAAUCUCCUGUGAGUAAAUAAUUAGCUCAGUUAUUCAUAACUGGAAAUGUCAAUAUCAUAGUAGUUUUCAUAAUUUGCCAUCUAUUAAGAUUGGCCCUCAGACAACAUCAGGCCAAACAUUGCCUGGAAAGCGCAACGUCUCAGAAACCAUGGCGCUGAAUUACGGUCUUGCAAAUUUGACACGUUUGGCCUACAAGGAUUAAAUGAGAUGCCAGAAAAAAACAUUUGGAGUUUUCUCUGCACACUGCCAGUCAGCUGGCUGAAAGACAAAUAUUCUGUUGUUUGAGAAAAUUGAAUGCUUGUUUUUGAAAUAAUACGCAGCGUUUCUGUUAAACAACAGAAGCAGAAAGCUCAACUAUCCAACAAUCAGCUUCUGUGAAAAGUUCCCAGGAAUUGCCUUCCUUCGUUCUUUCAUACAUCCUCAAAUCUGUAGGAUGACUCAAACAUGGCUGCAGUUUGAGUUUAGAAAAGCUUGGAAAGGAGUUUAAAUCACAGCAGUGGUACUUAGGAAAUAUUUUGUGGCUGUAAAACUUCUUAAAAACAAGCAAGUUCAAGCAAGCUGUGUAACCGUUAGUUAAAAUAUGUUCUGUAUCUUUGAAAACCAUUAGCAAUAUGUAAUUUAUACAAAACCACAGAGCAUAUAAGCUAGCUUAAGUGUCCAACGCUUAAUGGACUCGCAUAUCGGACUAAAACGGCUUAUGAGCGACUUUUGUUUCAAAUGAUCAGAUAGGGUUAGUAAUAACAGUCCUAUGGACCCGUUGCAUGUUUUCCCACACAACGCUGGAGGGCAAAAAGACGAUUCUUUUCUUUUCCAUCCAUCAAGAAGAACCGUUAACUAAAUGAAACUGUAUCUGUUGUUAAUUCAGCGCCACAGCAAAGGGAAAAUAACGCAGAAAAAACACCAAACAACUCAAAACCACUUUUUUUUUCUCGCUCUGUCGAUUACGUGACAUACAGACUGUAGUGAUGACAAUUAGCAGCAACGCUCUGUGUUUCUUUUUCUUUUAUAUAUCAGGAGUAGAUUUAAUAUUUAUUGCAUUGACAACUCGGCAGCUAAACCAAUGCUAGUCAUGGGAGCGAACAGCUUUUUGCUCUCCAGCAGGAAGCUGGGGGCCGGAUCUGGGGUGUGACAUUACACUGCAAUGGGUUCAUGAAUUCUUAGAGAAGUUACUAAAUGAACACCAGCAACUCUUUGUGUAUCAGAAUAGCACAUGUUCUCCAGCUGAACUGCAUCAUUCUUGGUGUAAUUGUGAUUCUGCAGUUGCACUAAUCAUAGCAAUGAUGAGCUAUUAGCAGAUAUCGCUGCUGCUGUAGUAAUGACUGAAACAAGAAAGCCUCACUAAGCACAUCUGCUCUGCACACCAACGCUUAGCUUGGACACGCUUAAUGGAGCCGCGUAUCGGACUAAAACGGCUUAUGAGCGACUUUUGUUUCAAAUUAUGAGAUUUGUCAGAAAGCUGAUUCUAGGUCUAUUUGUAGAUGAUUAAGGAAAAUCCUAUAUUUAGAAUAACAGCAGCAGCAUUUGUCAAAAUGUCUGAAAACUAACUUAACUUUCCGUCUUCAACAGCAGAAAGCAGGAAUCAAAACGAAGAGACGCGCUGAAAUAACAAUCUUACCAAGUUUUUUUCUUACCAUUUAUAUAUUAUUACGUUUGAAUUAAGUCAAAACUUACAAGUAUAUUCAGCAAGAUACAAAAGCUUGUUUUAAAUAAACCUUUACUUAAUAUUUAUGAAAAAGUUCUUGUUCUACUGACAGUUAAAUUUACUUAAAAACUUACUUGUGUGUCUUGCUAAUAAGUUAUAUUGAACUUAAUUUUGUCUUAAUUCAAGUGUAUUAAGCUAUUUAUGCUAGAAACUACACUAAAAAUACUUGGCAAUAUAGUAUGUUUUUGUAGUGUACAUUAAUUAUUCAUGCAGUUAUAUGAACAAAAUGCUACAGAAUUUAAACCUCAAAUCUGAGAGCAAAACCUGAAAACUAUCUGGAUAAAUUAAUGUUUUAUUCAUUUACUGAGUUUUAACAACGUUAUUCUGAGUGACUUGCUACAUUAAUAAUUAUAAAAGUAAAUAAAAAUGAAUCUGUUCAGGUCACGUGUGUCAUGACAGAAAACUCGCUUCUUUUGCUCAAAUGUAGAGUUUUUAAGCUAACCACACGAGCCGCGGUGCUUCAGUGGAUAAAUUCAAGAGACCCAAAUCUUUACUUAGUUUUAGUUUUAGUUAGUUGCCCUAAAGUCACACAAUGCCUUAAUCUACAUUAUGUAGCUAAGAUGUUGUUACUAUAAACGUUGAUCCUCUGGAUCACGAAGGCAGCUCACUUAUUCAACUUAUUCAACAUUUCUCAUUAGAUUUGUGCGUUUUGUUAACAGCUAACUUGUGCAUUUGGUGUUUUGUCUGCAGCCACAACAACUUAGUUUGAGGCAGAAUGGGGACGUUUUUAGCAACAUUUAUGAGUUUUUACUUGAGUUUCCACAGGUUCAUGUGAUUUCCUGUGAGUACAGAUUAAACUUUUUAUCAUUUUGCAUAUUUGCAACGUUACAACCACAAAUUUCAAUGUACAUAGAACAACCUAAAGUAGAAUACAAAUGCAUUAAGCCCUCUGUUCUCUGAUCAGAUUUAUUAAAAAUCAACAAAUGAAGUUAUAAAAUACAAAACUACAAGAGCAGGAUUACACAUAUCUUAAGUCUAGGGAAGAGACACAAAAAGAAAGUCAUUAUUGUGAGAAAUGGUAUAUUUUAAAAGUAAGAAUUUUAUAUUUAAAUUCAACUGACAUCAGGUGGAAAAUUAAUUAUCUUCCAGCUUAACAGACAUGCUGCUUGCUUCAUUUUCCACAAAAUUGAAUUUAAACCAUUCCUAAGCUUUAUUUGAGCCAGCUGACCAGCAACAUGAGGGAGAAAACUGCAGUGAAUCCAUCAUUUUUCUGGCAUGUCAUUAAAAUGACUUUAAAUUUAAAGAAAGGCUGUGAUUUGUAAACUAACUUUUAAAAACCAGAAGAUGACAGAAAACAUGUAGAAAGUGUCAAAUCACAUGAGAUUAUAAUUAAACUUUUAGCCGUUCAUGUGUAGCAGAAAAACAGACUGUGGUGAAUAUUCACCUUCCAGCACUAAGCAGACAGAGCCGCAAUAUGUAGAUUUAAUUCAAAGGAGAUACAAAAUCUAAAAAAAAAAAUGACUUGAGAAUCCAAUCUGACCCUGAACCAUGUCACAAAAACGAGCAAAUAUUAGUUUCAUUUGACCAAAAUUGGUAUAAAUGCCACAAACAAAACAUGAAAACUUUUAACUCCUCCUGCUUUUUUCUUGGACUUCACAAGUCUCCAUCAAAUUUCCACAAAAUAUCAAUAAACCUGAACAAAAGCACUGAGGUUUGUGGUUGUAACACUCUAAAAUGAGGAAAAACUGAAAUGUAACUCGGCAGAUCACAAGUACUCACAGCCAUUUAAAUCAAAGUUGCCGGCUUUUAUUUUGGCAGGUCAAACAUCUUCAAAAUGAAAUCCACUAACUAAGAUGUCAAAGUCUGGUUUUAGCAUGUAGCAACCCGAGUUGAGUUUAAUGAUACGUUCAGAUUUUUAGGUUUGUCUGAAGAUAUUUGCUGCUAAUGCAACAUUCUGGUUUUCAAACUGAAAACAAUUUUGAGAACAUCAACAGCGAUUUGUUGGAUGUUUCUUAGACCACUCUUGCACUGAGAAGACAAACGUGUCCGAAUUCAUCCUGCUGUCGUUUAAUGUUCUUCAAUAAAUGUUAAACUAGUUUUUGGCUCUGCUUCCUGAAGGUCCAACUACAUAAUAAUCCAAAUUCACUCCCAUCUAAAUCUGAAUCCUGCAUGUAACCAAACAACUCUGCAACAUGACCUCUGACCUCACACAGAUCACCCAAAAGCUGCUUGUAAAAGUCACUUUUCAGUAAGACGCACCAGUGCUGCAGCCGUUAGCGGACGAUUCUGGCGAGCUCCUGUUGUUCUGUGGAUCAGUGUUCCUGUUUUAGAGCCGCAGCGGCGCGGUGGCGCAGAGCUGCGCUGCUCGGUGUGAUAGAACCACUGCUGUAGAUAACAUUCUUCCAGAUAGGACACCUUCAGACAUGACAUGAACCUGUACAGUUUUCUUUAUGCAUUUUGUGUGUUCUGGUUUAUGGGGGAAUUGUUUUGUAAGAAAAAAAAAUGGAAAUAAAUAUAUUGUUAAAAUCA